ACCAAAUCAUUCGCCUAUAAAAGCACCAAUUCAAAGCAAUGCCUCAGCAUUCACAGUCACUCAAACUCUUCGCGGCGGCGUGUUAUGUCAGCAUAGUUAACUAUAUUUCAAAAAUGGAUUUCUCGUUCAAUUCGCACAAAAUCCAACAGCUCAUUUUGCUGAUGAUCCUGCUGGCGCAAAAGUGGAAAGGUGCGAUUUCCUACGACGUGAAAUACUCAUUAGAAACCAGACGCUUAGAGGUACCGGUGGAUCACUUCAGCUACCUCGACAGACAACUAACGUUCAACAUCAGGUACUUGAUCAGCGCCAAGUACCACGUCAAAGACGGUCCGGUGUUCGUUUACACGGGCGGCGUCGGGGAUAUCAUGAAAAUCGCCCAAAACACCGGCUUUCUCUUCGACAUUGCGCCGGCUUUCAACGCUCUCAUCGUCUUCAUCGAACACCGCUAUUACGGACAGAGUUUACCGUUCGGCAACAAUUCCUUCGCCAGUCCGGAGCACAUGAGAUAUCUAACGACGAAGCAGGCCCUAUCAGACUACGUGUGGGUGGUGAACUCUUUGAGAAAGGAAUUCUUCGAGAGCUCCGUCAGCAGGGACUUUCUUCCGAUUAUCGCUUUCGGCGGGUCUUACGGAGGGAUGUUGUCGGCGUGGUUGCGCAUCAAAUAUCCCAAUGUAGUGAUAGGGGCUAUAUCGUCUUCGGCUCCCAUAUUCUACUUCCAGGGGCUGUCCGAUUGCAGCGGUUUCUACGAAAAGGUCACGUAUGUCUUCGAGAAAAUCGGCCACGACCAGUGCAUUAAAACCAUCAAAUUAGGGUGGGAUGUCAUCAUUAAUUUGACGAAAACUAAAUUAGGUAUGGAUUUCAUUUCAUCGACGUGGAGAUUAUGCAGCAGAUUGAGGAGUUUAGAAGAUGUAGAAAUGCUGUUGGAUUGGUUAAAAAACAUCUACAUAAACAUGGUGUUAUCGAAUUACCACUACCCAUCGGACCUAUUUACACCGUUGCCAGCGUUUCCAGUUAAAAUUUUCUGCGACAAACUAACCACAGGUUACUUCAACGACACCAAAGGUUUGAUCGAGCAAUUCAGCGAAGCCUUGCAGAUUUACACGAACUACACGGGUACAACGGUGUGUAACAACAUCAAUUACACGAUGGACAAAUACGAUGAAAUUGCAUUCAACUAUCAAUUAUGCACCGAAUUGAUAAUGCCCAAAUGCUCUACCACCGAAGAUAUGUUUAUUACCAAACCAUGGGAUUACGAGAAGUACUCGCUGGACUGCUUGAAGAAAUACGGAGUGAAAAACUUCCAACCGGACGCCCAGCUUAUCGAAUACGGUGGGAAAUAUUUAAAAGCCUAUUCGAACAUAGUCUUCACGACUGGAAAUUUGGACCCGUACUCUUGUUGCGGCGUUUCCUCGAAUUUAUCCAACACGAUAUAUCAUUACAAUAUGCCGGACUCUCCCCAUCUAGUCGACUUAAGAAAUUCGGACAUUGCCGAUAAUAAUUACAUCUCCACUACCAGAGCAUCGAUUAUAAAUGCCAUAAAGCAAUUUUUAAAUAUGGUUUAAAUUUGUUAGUUGUAUUAUUAUUUGUAAAUUUGAUGUUGAUAUAGGA